GUCAUUCGAGACGUACGCACUGACGUUGCCUCACAUCACAUAACCCUGUGGUAAGUUCCACCGCUCGUUGACAUUGGAGGCUGAACGUGGACUUUCGUUAGCAGCUACUUAUUAUUUUGUGUCCUUAUACUCCAACCUAUAUAUGAGACAAGAUGGGGGCCUCCACCUCCACCCCUGCUACUCCGACAGUUCGGGCAGAGGCAAUGGUUGCUACGCCUCCUCAAGGCUGUCCUAUGCACAAAGAAAACCAGCCCGUUAAAGUUUUAUCCCCCCCGUCAGAGUGUCCCAUGCAUCAGGCUCAGCCAGUUAAAGCAUCUCCGCCUUCGGAGUGCCCGAUGCACAAAGCAGAAUCCGGCCCGGUUCACCAGGAUCGCGCCUAUGAAUUUGUGGAGUGUCCCAUGAAAGCGUCAGCAGGCGCGAAUAACGACAUCGACCCGGCAAAUAUGAUGCCGCCUCCCAACCAAACGCCUGCUCCGGACCAACCCUUCAAGUUAUCCCUCACCAGGGAAGAGUCGACAAUUCCCCGCCAUGGCACGGAAAACCGCUGGGUGUACCCGUCCGAGCAGAUGUUCUGGAACGCCAUGCUGAGGAAGGGGUGGCGCUGGCGUGAUGACGAUCUUGCCGCCGACGACAUGAGCAACAUCAUCAAAAUUCACAACAAGAACAACGAACAAGCCUGGCAAGAGAUCCUCAAGUGGGAAGCGCUGCAUGCGGGCGAAUGUCCAUGUGGUCCGACAUUGAAGAGGUUCGGCGGGAAGGCCAAAGAGUACUCGCCGAGGGCUCGCUUGCGCCAGUGGAUGGGCUACGAGCUGCCUUUUGACCGUCACGAUUGGAUCGUCGACCGCUGCGGAAAGGAGGUGCGCUACGUCAUCGACUAUUACGACGGCGAGGUCAACAAAGACACGUACCAGUUCUCCAUCCUGGACGUCCGCCCGGCCUUCGACUCUUUGGGCGCCGUGUGGGAUCGCAUGAAAGUGGCCUGGUGGCGCUGGACCUCCUGAGGGAUUCUCGCGUGGACGACGCAGAACAGGCACACGCGUUUCUCGUUUCAUAUCUUUGCAGGGUUUUGUGGUUCUGUGUGAAGAGAACCCGUUUUUUUUGCAGUUAAUCAUGGCUUGCAAGACACUUGAAUGAAGCCAAUUAUGUAACUUUGACCUCGGUUAUUAGCCCACUGUUUAUUAAUUUAUGGAUGUUUAUUUUUUUUUUUACAUAUUACCUCAAAAUGUCACAAAAAAUUUACAUUCACGCUUCUGUAAUAAAUACAACAAAGUAGUUAUUACUUGAUUAUUAAUUUUCAAGGAACUCCCAUUGUGUACAUGGUUGGAGACCACGCCUUUAUGUAAAUGAAUAUCCUGUAUUAGUGUUACUAAGUAAAGAUAUCUAGUCUACAAUUUUAUUUGAAAAAAUAUUAAUGGACUGUUAUAGCAAGUUUUCCUUGAAGGAAUGUAAUAUUUUUGUUGUAUUUAGGCAGGUACUGAUUUACAAACUAUUAUAGAAAGAUUGCUGUAAACUUGCAUGUUUAAAUUGUUUUAUGUUUCACUAUUAGCCCAGCAUUGAAUUGUGUUAUAAUUUUUUUUUUUUU